AUGUUUCCCCCUUCGCCCUCUUUCACGGAGAAGGAUCUACCGUCUCUCGUUGGCGAAGUCUUCAUCAUAACGGGUGCGGCAUCCGGAGUAGGCUUUGAACUUGCUAAGAUACUUUAUGUUGCUGGCGGAACUAUAUACGUUGCCGCUCGCUCGGCAACACGAUGUGAGGGCGCCAUCGAGAAGAUCAAGGACCAAACACGCGGAAAGAAAGCAGAGGGUGUGCUGACGCCCAUGAUACUAGAUCUAGCAGACCUUAGAACAAUCAAGCGAGCCGUCGAGGACUUCCAGCGGCAAGAGACCCGACUGGAUGUCCUGGUCAACAAUGCGGGUGUGAUGAAUACUCCUGUGGGAAGUAAGGGAACGCAGGUCCGUUAUGCUCUGUCCUCCAAAGUUUCCGUGACUAUGACAACUGAUGAGACUGUGUUACAGGGUCAUGAUCUUGAAAUGGCCACGAACUGCGUGGGACCGUACCUCCUCACGAGACUCCUCGAGCCGAUCCUUAUCCAAACAGCUGCCUCAAGUCCUCGGUUUAGCGUCAGGGUCGUUUUCGUUGUUGCACUCAUGCAAUUAUUUUCGCCUGCCACUGCAAUGGAGUUUGACAGCAAUGGUACACCUAAGGUUUUGCCGGGAGAUGGCUAUAUGAAGAGUCAACCUGGGGACAACUACAUGCAAACCAAGAUUGGAGGGACAUGGUUGGCAGCGGAGUUCGCAAAUCGUCUCGGCAGCAAAGAAAUCCUUAGCGUGUCUGUACAUCCAGGAUUAAUGCGAACUGAACUACAACGAAACAUGACUGUUACAGCUCGUGUGAGCAUGAAAUUACUCUUUAGGGGCCCUGUAUAUGGCGCCUACUCCGAACUUUUUGCGGCAUUCUCACCAAAGCUCACGGCAGAGAACAAUGGUGGCUAUGUAUUGGCUUGGGGCAGAAUUGCGGAGCUGCCCAAAUAUAUUACCGACGGUCUUAAGAGCAAAUCAGAAGGCAGGACUGGAGGAGCGAAGAUGUUCAUGAACUAUUGCGAGCGAAAGACGAGGCGGUACCAAUAA